AACACAUACACAACCAUCAACAUUGAAUUUGUACACAUGAUACACCAACACAUCACCCUCUCUUCUUUCUUCUAACUUCUUAACACCUUCUUCAAUUUUCUAUAUUUUUCUUCUACUUCUUUCUUUCAUCAAACUCUUUUUUUUUUUUCUUCUUCUACUUCACUAAAUUCUUAGCUUACCACCCUGCAACAUUUUUAUUCAGAAAAUUUCAAGGGAGUUCUUCAGUUGAAAGAUUUUCCUCAUUUUCUCUUAGGUUUCAAUGGAGAGGUUUUAUGGUGAGAAAGAGCAACACUCCAAAGAAAUAGACCUUACUCUUAAGCUUUCUACUUGUGGUGAAAAUUUGGAAGAAAAGAGGUUGAUAAGGUCAUCAUCAAUGGCUGGAGAGAUGGAAAAUUGGUGUUCCUUUGUGCCAUCUUUAGAGAGAUCUUGCUCUCUUCCAAUUGAUAGUGGAAAGAUAAUGUUGCUAGAGAGACAGAGAAGUGUGGCAGAUUCAGAGCUACAUGGUCCAAGACAUUCAGCUGAAGUAGUAGUUGAUUCCAAAUUUCAGAUAUCAACCAAGCGUGAAAAUGUUUCAAUGAUUUUCAAGAAACCAAUAGGCAAGGAAAUUCCCCUUCCACCUAAGUCUGCUGAUACUAAACAUGAGAAUCGAGCAAAAAAGACUACUCUCCCUGACUACUGCAGUCUUAAAGGUGAUGUGAUGGAGAUAUUGAGACAAAUGCCGACCGUUACAACGACUGGAGAUGGCCCAAAUGGGAAGCGAAUAGAAGGAUUUCUGUACAAGUAUAGGUCUGGUGAAGUUUGUAUUGUAUGUGUCUGCCAUGGUAGUUUCCUCACUCCAAAGGAGUUUGUGAUGCAUGCUGGUGGAAAGGAAGUGGCUAAUCCAAUGAAGCAUAUCACUGUUUAUCCUGUCUCAUUUUAGAGAUCAAUGGUGGUAAUGUCUUUUAGAUUUCGUCUUUGUUAGAAUGUAAAGGUAAGUGGAAACAAUGAAACUAUCUUUGACUUAGUUUAGUUUUCAAUGAUAAUCCUAUGCAUUGUUCAAGUGGUUUGUGUAGAAUAAAAUUUCCAUCGAAAAA